AAAGUUGAAAGACUACAAUUGAGAUUGAGUUGACAACUUCAAUACAAUCAACAUGACUCACCACUCGAGCCAAGUGUCUGCGGACUUGAUCUGGGAGAUUGCCCGACACCAGAACUCCUACCUUGUGAAGCGCGCUUCAAGUGGAGGUGUUCGAUUCUCUCGUGAUCCUCUCAACCUGACCAACGUCCACUCCCGCAAGUAUGCCGGUUUCGUUAACGACAAGGCCAUCGGAGUUGCGCCAGCUGAGGGCGACAAGGGAGGAGUUAUGUUGAUCACCAAGAAGACGAAGCACCCACAACGACCAGGAAGCUCUGUCAAUAAGGUCACCUUUGGCGGAAACAAGACCACAAGAAAGACCUACAAGGGCAUCGUCAGCAGCACCGCAAAGUCAGGUUAUCGAUCUGAUCUCCGCGCUGAGGCUGUUUCCCGCGCAUCUGCCAUCCGUUUGUCACAAACACCUAAGAAGGAUGCCCCAGAGAAGAAGCUGCGUGGUGCAAAGGCGAAGAAGGCGGCUGCUGAGAAGGAUGAGUGAUUGAUGCAUGGGGAUGACUUGGUGCAUGGGACGGUCUUGCUAGUCAGUCAUAAACUGAACUGAACUCAUUUGCAAGAAGCUAUAUUUGGUCUGUGAAUGCUAUGAUAUGUGGUUGCAUGGAAUUCUUUGGCCUGACUGGAUCUCUUGAGAGCCUCGUGGCACUUGCAAAAUCCUGUGGCUGACUAGGAUCGUGAAUGGCUCACGGCAUUGGACAUCUGGCUCGGCUGCAGCAAAUAUGGAACCUUGAAAACACCGUUUUGACUUCUGGUAAAAGUAUAUCCAGCAUUGUCCCUGUCUUCCGGCAUGUGAAGAUCAUAUCGGCAAG